CUCCUCUUCCUCUUCACCUCUCCAAAAACCUCAGGCUCAAAUCAAAGUCCUUCCACACUUCUUUCUAGCUCGAAAUGGCUCGCAUUCUCUUCCGUCUUCUCGGCGAAUCUAACUCUCCGUCGCCGGUGCCGGAUCCCUCCACUGCCGCUGUGAGUUCCGAUCUCGUCGUCACCCUCGCUGCUCUCCUCUGCGCCUUGAUUUGCGUUCUCGGUCUAAUCGCCGUUUCUCGAUGCGUCUGGCUCCGUCGUCUCGCCGCCGGAAACAGAACCGCCUCUGUAUCUCAAGGUGGUUCCGGGCAAUCUCCUCCUCCGCCACCGGUGGCAGCUGCAAACAAAGGACUGAAGAAGAAAGUACUCCAGUCUCUCCCUAAGCUGACUUUCUCCCCGGAAUCACCGUCGUCGGAGAAAUUCUCCGAGUGCGCGAUCUGCCUGACGGAAUUCUCCAACGGCGAGGAGCUCCGGGUACUACCGCAGUGUGGUCACGGAUUCCACGUGUCUUGCAUUGACACGUGGCUCGGGUCUCAUUCAUCUUGCCCUUCUUGCCGUCAGAUCCUGGUGGUUGCCAGGUGUCAUAAGUGUGGCGGUUUGCCCGGUAGUUCUAGCUCCGGACCCGAACCCGAAAUUGAGAUCCGAAUCAAGCAAGGCGAUGAUGAUCCUUGUUCUUUCUUGCCUUGAUUUUAUUUAUUUCGUUUUAUAUCCGUAUUUUAGAUGUCUCUAUAGUUUUUUUUUUUUUUUUGACGCAGAUUAUUUUUACAGGACAAUGUUUUUAUUCUCUUAAUGUACAUGUUAAUUAUAAUUUGUAAAUGUUUUAUGAAAUGUUUUUUCUCUCUGCUA